AUAUAGCUAGCAGAACUUAUAAACCUACACAAGUGCCCACUGCUUCGUGACAAUAACGCAGAAACUCACAGCUCUACUACUCAACACGCUUUAUCAAUACCACCAGACAACUCCUUAUACUGCAUUCAAAAUGAAGUACUCUGUCAUUCUCUCCUUCGGCUCUCUCGCCGCUACUACGUCCGCCCUGGGCAUCAACUGCCGCGGCUCUUUUGCCUGCGGUGGCGGCAGCGGAAACCUAAUCAACCUCAAAUCAAUUGUCGACAACAUCCAGCCUCGAGACCGCUUCUAUCCGGCUCAGCAGCAGAUUGCCUGCACAGGCGAUACUUGCGCCUUCUUUCAGAAUGGCGCCAGCGGCACUGCUGAGCAGGUUUCUGCAGACCUGCAAGCCCUGUUGGACCACGGCUGUAAAAAAUGCGGCUCGGUUCCUACUCAACCUGGCAACAAUGUUGCGGAUGGACAGUUGACAGUUAACUAUGUUAGCCAUCCUAAUUGUCAGGGAGCUUGUUAGAUAAUGACUACAAUAUGAAUACAUAUUCUAUGACAACCCUAGCAACUUAAUGUAUAUAAUAGUAUUCAGUAGCUAAACCAUACUACUG